CUCGGCUUUCCUCCCUAGCUCACGACCUCCUCUUCCUCACCAACGGCAGACACAGUUUGAAGAGACAUUAUGGCAACUACUUCAACCAAACUCUACUCAGACAAUGCUUCGAAUGAUCACUCUAAUCGACUUGCUGAAUGACCAUGGUCCCAAAGACGUCCACUUAGAAGGCCGAAUGAUUGUUUUGACGCGAGUCAAGGAUGCACCAUUAUCGUAUCGCCAGGGGUGGGCGGAAUCCAGUGCCGCGCUUCAUAUCACUAAAGCUUGGCUGGGAGCUGCGCUAUCUCAUGCAAAGUUUCGCUCGUGUCUGCUAGCAAUGCUCCAGUUUCUCGAGUCUCUUCCAUUUACAGCGCGAAUGGCAAGAGACCGCGACUUCGUGGAACUUUUGGAUCAAAUACAAUCUCUUCCUCUAUCUGAAGAGGAAUCUACAAUCUAUAAUCGAUUGAUGUCUCCAUCUGCCAGGCAUGACACCAGUCCUCCUCAGGGCCCUGUUCAUGACUCUCGGGAACGGGUAUACGACGUCAAGUCCGUAGCGCUAGGCAACAAUUCGGUUUCAAAGGACUCGACGGUGCAAGCAGACGAGGAAAUGAUUUCAUCCAAUGAAUCGGAAAUAACUGCGGACGAUAUCUUUUCCCAGUUUCGAGUGGACGACAUUGCCAUUUAUCUCGAAACCACAAUGAGGAUGCUCAGAGCACCUCAGUCGGGCUGGUCGGAGGCCGACUGCGCUUAUAUGAUUCAUUCAAUCUUCCAAAAGGCGUUGGAUACGCGAGAGUCGUAUCAGUACAUGCUCUCACUGACGGGGAAUGACGCACAGUUGGUUCUCGACGCUCUCCAUUUUUUACUUGCAUACACCCCGUCCCUUCCUCCACCAGACAGGCGCCAGAUACUCAAAGCGCUGCAGCGACUGUCAAAUAGGUCUCAACUGUACCCAGCAUGCUUGGCCCUGACUAACGUCGAACGAGAGCCUCACCCCAUCGCUUCGGGGCAUUUUGGGGAAGUAUACAAAGGCUAUUUCGAAGGCAAGGUCGUUGCGUUGAAGUUGAUAAAAAUGUAUGAGAGAACCAAGGCCUCCGUAAUAACGAAGGCGGUCUUGCAUGAAGUGGUCAUCUGGUGCCAGCUGGUACAUCGAAAUGUCCUGCCUUUUCUUGGUAUUCACGAGUCUGAGGAGGGGUGGAUAUCGCUUGUAUCUCCUUGGAUGCGACAUGGGAGUCUUCCAAGGUACCUUUCUCAGAAACCAAAUGCCAACAGGCUGCUCCUGAUAUCUGAUGUUGCGUCCGGUCUGGCUUAUCUCCAUGAACACGGUGUCGUCCACGGGGAUCUCAAAGGAGUCAAUAUAUUGGUUUCGCCCUCGGGUCACGCCUGUCUAGCAGAUUUCGGUUUGGCCAAAAUCGCAGACAAUGAAAUCAUUUCAUGGACCUCGAUCCGUACUUCCUCGACACAAGGGGGCGGCACGAUCCGGUGGCAGGCGCCAGAGCUCCAUGACCCUAAUGACGAUGUCACCCCGAAGGCCACUCCAGAAUCUGACGUCUACUCGUUUGCUUGUGUCUGCUAUGAGGUCAUGACAUCUAGACUUCCAUUCUACGAAUUUCCCAGAGACUCAACCGUCAUUAUGAAGAUCAUGCAGGGACACCGACCUAGCAAACCUGCUGACAGUGAUUUGCCGUGGUUCGAGGCUGAUGUGAUCCGUGAGUUGUGGAGACUUGUCGAGGAAUGCUGGCAACAAAACCCUUCAUUGCGACCGGGAGCCAGUGACAUUGUCCAGCGAGAUAUUAUACGCGUUGACGCCGACACCCGCACCGAGCAUAGUUGGGAAUGA